AUGGGCCAAAAACGCUUCAUUAUAGCAUACACAUUUGUCUCAUUAAACGCAAGCAGAACGUAUAUUAUUCUAAAUACUUCAGAAAACUAUUUUUUAGUAAAUCUCUUUUGUGAAACCCAAAAAAAUGUGACGGUUUACGCAAGAACGCUUUACAUAGAAAUCCGUUCAGCUAGCUCCCCUCCGCUCCUGCAGGUGACGCUGCUGAAAUACGGGGUCCACGAGGCGAUCUUCGCCAUGCUGCCGUCGCUCAUGAAUAAAGACGGGCUGCUGGUGGCAAAUGGGCGGGGCUUCGUGACGAGAGAGUUCCUGCGCAGUCUGCGCAAACCCUUCAGCGAGAUCAUGGAGCCAAAGUUUGAGUUCGCAGUGAAGUUUAAUGCUCUCGAGCUGGACGACAGCGACCUCGCGCUCUUCGUGGCCGCCAUUAUCCUCUGUGGAGAUCGUCCAGGUCUCGUGAACGUCCACCAGGUGGAGGAGAUCCAGGACAACAUCCUCCAGGCCCUCAACCAGCACCUGCAGCUCAAUCAUCCCGACGCCAGCUUCAUCUUCCCCAAACUGCUGCAGAAGCUCGCAGACCUGCGGCAGCUGGUGACGGAGAACGCGCAGCUGGUGCAGAAAAUCAAGAAGACGGAGUCCGAGACGUCGCUGCAUCCGCUGCUGCAGGAGAUCUACAGGGACAUGUACUGAGUCGAACCAUUCCAGGCACGCUGACCGAUCACUGUGACCUUCAGAGUUGUUGUUUUUAUAAAACGGACGAUUUGU